CGCCAAGAGGAAGGCCGAUCGCGAUAAUUCGUCGAGACACUCCGACUCGUCGAUACGUGCGUUGAUCAAUUCAAGAAAAAUAGAAAGAAAAGUUCAAUCUCUCGGCAGCACAACCGUUCCGAUUCUCGAAGUAUCCAGUCGCAGUUUUUCCCAUCUUAGCGACGCUUUUCUACGAUCCCCAAUACCGCGAAACCCAGUCGCAUCAAUACAAGAAAUCAAUAGCAAUAGUUCUCUGAAACAGAACAGUUCUUUUAUAUAAAUCAUCCCAAGUGAUUAAGUGUCAGUGUAAGUCUGUGCAGUGAUGCCAAAAAAGAUGCGGAUUUACAAUUAAGUUUCUUUACAUGUUCGUGACCCCCAAUGUAUUAAUGAUAAAUCCCCAUCAAUUGAUAUAUGUCUAAAAUCGACUAAAUCUUCCUAAAUGCAAACAUAAUCAUUUUUAUUUGAAAUAUUUCCCAUUUUCAAUUUUUCUUAUGUGCCUUGAGAAAAUAUAAAAUGCUGGUUUCUGAGUAAGUUGUACUAGUGGGACCAAUCGGAGCGACUCGCGCGACCCUUUUCGCUCUACGCUGACUCGCGCGAGAUCAAUCGCAAGGGAGAUUGUUCGAUAAGAAGUGAUAUAAAUUGUGUGUUGGAUCAAAAAGAGAGGAGAAAAGGGGGUAGUGGAUUAAAAAGAGAGGAGGAAAGGGGGUGCGCAUGGUCUAUCGGGGAUCAUCGCUCAUGGAUAUUUGGCGUCUAGAUGGUGAUUAGAGUCCACAGCAAUAGUAGAACCAUGUCUGGAUUACUGUACACGCUGCUGGGGUUGGCGGCCAGCUCGAGCCUACAUUGUGCUGUGAGGAGAGAAAUUAGCCCUUGUACCUGUCGCCAAGAAGCGCCAAUUAUUAACCCUAGUUCCAAUGGUAACGGGAACAAUGCAAAUGGAAAUACGCAUGUUCACGUGGAACGGAUCGAGGUUGUUUGUGAACGUAUGGAGUCCUUUGAUCAAGUCGCGGAAGCGCUUCGCGGCAAAUUUACCCCCGAACAGCAAAUCACCUUAAGGGUGUCUCACUCUCAACUUCGGGAUAUUUCGAGGCACGACUUCAAGGAACUGAGGAUGUCGAUCUCGAGGCUGGAUCUUAAUCAUGAUCAUCUCAUGAAUGUCGAUGGUGAAGUUUUUGCGGGCCUGAGUCGGACACAGUAUAUGAGUCUCGCGGAUAACGAAAUUCCGUCGAUACCGAGACAGAUUCUAUCUCACCUUGGGCUUUUGAGGACCCUCGACCUUAGUAGAAAUCGAAUCAGUCGCAUCGAAUCUGACGACUUUAAGUAUAAUCCUCAUCUUCAAUUUCUAUUCAUGGCUGGAAAUACCUUAUCAGAACUUGUGCCUGGAUCAUUGCCACCUUUGAUCAAACACCUACACGUGGGAAGAAACCAUCUGAAGUCUUUAAACCGAACUUUAAGAGACCUCAAUCAACUUGAAUGGCUUUUAAUAAAUUCAAAUGAAAUAACGUAUUUGGACGGAGAGUUACCCUCAUCAGGACACAAUCUGAAAAUGCUAUAUGCUGCAGAUAACAAAUUAACGCACCUACCACCUGAAUUCCGUUUUCUUCAUCGUCUCGAAUUGCUAUUUCUCCAACAUAAUAGAAUCAGAAGCCUGGAUGGGACUCUGAGUAAGGCACGACGGCUGAAAUUUUUGGAGUUAUCACAUAACGAUUUACAAGAGUUGACGGACGAGGACUUCGUCGAGGUCGAGAAUCUGGAGGACCUCGAGCUGGGCCACAAUUCUUUGAAGUCCCUGGGUGGAGAUGGAAACGAAAGUGAUGAAGGCAAUGGACAUAGUGCCCUUUACCCUCUCAAGUCUUUAAAGUGUUUGAAUUUAACCCACAACGAGUUACGUGAAUUUUCCUUCGCCUCUUUACGUGGCUUACGUGAAUUGCGUCUGUUCGAUAUCUCCAACAACAAAAUCGCCAGACUUCUCAGGCCGCCUUCAGAGAAUCUUGUGGAAGAACAAGCCGACGAGACGUCUGGCGCCAGUAUUCAGGAUAUGAGAUUACAGCAUAACGAGCUGCGAAGCCUCGAAGGCUCGUUGUUCGUUGGUAUGAAGGAAUUACAGAGGUUAAACCUCAGCCACAACGCACUGGGACCAACGAUCGGACCCCAGGACUUACGAGGCUUAGAAGGUCUUCGUGUUCUUGAUCUUUCUCACAACGAACUCAUCACUCUCGAGGAUACUUCCGAGACGUGGCUUCCUUUACUGGAGGAAUUAAACGCCUCGCAUAAUCGCCUAAUCACACUUUCGGAACGAGACUUCCGAGGAUUCCCUGGAUUGUGUUGGGCGGAUGUCAGUGCCAACCAAAUACGUUCUAUGGUAGCAGAACUUGUCGCCAAUACUCGGUGCACACUCCACGGUGUGCCUGAUGUACUCCGUAUUUACCUGCAAGACAAUCCAGUUUUGUGCGAUGCAGGUUUGGCAGACUUGACAGUAGCCUUGGAGGUGAACCACGCGAAAGUUUACGGAGUCGCCAACGACUGUCCAACAACGACGACAGCGAUGCCAGAGUCAACGACGCCUUUGCCGCCCUUGCCGCCAACUCUUCUUCUUGCGGCUGCAGCCGCUGCCUCUGGUGGUAACGUUUCGUUUGCUGCGACCCUCGAAUAACUUGGUUGUUAUCAAAGGCCUAAAGCCUAGGGAUGGUACCCAGUUCCCAAGCCCCUAAUGAGAAAAGUUAUCACUCGCUUCAAAGACGAUUCACAAUCAGAGAAGCGUUCUAGAUUUCGACCUGAGUAUUUUUUGAGACGCUGUCUUCCCCGAGAAAUGCUUUUUUUAUCGCCACACAAUCUGGUUCUGUAAUUAAGAACGCGCACUGAAAGCUAGAAAGUAAUUGAAACAUAAAAUAAGACGAACUGACAAUAAUAGAAUAGAAAAUUAUUUAGUUAAUUCCGGUUACUUGUGCAACCAGAAAAGAACAACCAAUCAAUUUUAUCAUUUGUAAUAAUGUCACAAUAUCUAACUGACAAUUUCUCGCUUUCAAUUUCUGUUUAGUGUCCUUCUUUCGUAGAGAGGCGUGAGUGUAUAUUUAAAAAGAAUUAUAUAUUUAAAUUGAAGUAUAUAUUUAAAAAGAAAUGUAUGUAUAUGUAUUUAGGAAUGAAAUAAUUGUAUUGAUGGACGGAAUUACCUUUAACUGUUGCGAACUUUGGGACCACGGUAAAAAAAAAUGUGAACUGUCUGGGAGUCGGUGGUGUUAAACUGUUAAGAUGUGCAGCUGCAAAGAAGGAGAUACUUGCAAAUCUUCUGAAACACUAACGAACUUACUGCAAGUUAUUAAUUAUUAUUACAUGUGUACGUAGAGAGAGUCUGUUGUAAUGAUUGUCUUAUACAGUCGACAACUUUAUUGGAAAUCACACUGAACAAAAAUAUUAGCAAAGCAAUUUGUAUUUUAGUAUAUUAACCGCAAUAACGAUGUAUUAAUGGGCAGACGAUAAUAAUUGCAAGAUUCAUUCAUUAUUGUCGGCUAGCGUGUUGCAAUAUUAGCUAUUAGUUUUCUCUCCACGAGUAAUAUAUUUUUCCGUAUGAUGGACUAAAUUAUUAUUAAUUAAAAAACACAGCAAAUCUCGAAACCGCAGAUAUAUUUGUUUGUAUUGUAAUAACUUUAUCUCAGUAAUUUUGUAAUUUUUAAUAGAAAGGAUAAACAUUUAACAACCAUUUUUCAUUGCCAUUCAAAUACUAAAUGUUUAUUUUUUCUAUUUUUAAAUUUAAUAAUUCGGAGUCAGGUUUCUCAAGUUCCGGUUAUUUCUUUGUAUUUAUGAUAGAGUCGAAUGCGACUGCUUUACGAGACGGAGGUACGUAGAAGGAUAUUUUUGUCAUUAGAGUUGAAGGCUAAAAUUGUGCAGUCUGUAUUCGAAAAUAUGAAAUGCGAAAGUCGCAGAAAUCACGUUUCUAGGAGUGUUGAAAUAUGUACAUUUUAAUGUAAAUUUACCAUUAUUAAUUUAAUAAUAAAGCCAUAUUUUUAAUA